GUGAUGGCGCUUCCUUGUCACCCUGAUAAGAGCAAGAGCAAGUGAUGUCAGCUAAGUGCUCCAGACAGUGAUCUCGCGCUGAUGAGGACGUCUGCGAGUAAAAUGUGACAGUGCAGUCACGACGUUGUCGUUGAAUACAUCUGCUGUGCGCUUUGGAGGAAAAAGGUAAACUACAACAUCGACUCUCUGGCGAGAGGACGGGGCGGCUGGUCGAUGCUCACACCAAGUUGGGUAGAAAUGGCGAGCUCUCUCCCUCUGGAAACAGUGAUGUCCUGCCCGAGACUUGACGAAAGAAGCGGGGCCACGGCCACGGCUGCACCCAAGUCCCUGGCCUUUUCCAUCGACAGAAUCAUGUCCAAGACGUCGGAACCGAAAGCGGAGGAGCGCCGUGGAGGACUUGAGGGAUCCGAAGUGGGGAAGAAGGCGGUCGGCUUGUGUACACCGAUUCCCUGCAUGAUCCCGAUCCAGCCGUUCAGCUACGACCUGCAGGCCAAGGCUUUAAUGAACUAUUCCGAGUUCUGGAAAGUUAAUUUCAGGGGAGCACUAUGCACUUCAGCGGCCAUGUGUAAAGCCAACUGCGGCGUCUGCAGCAAAACGGACGCGGGCAUCAAGCACUCGGUGUUGCCGGGGAGCAGGGUCAUCAAACCGCAGGUGAUACACCAAGCGCUGGCCAUGCCCACCAACGGAUCGUUGUGUUAUUUCAAUUAUUUGGACUCUGCUUAUCAUCAGUCCGAGCUGCUGAGCGGACACUUAUUUUCCUCAGCAAUCGCGAACUCUCAAGCACAAGCCAUAAGCGCGCACCAGAAGCUCCUCUUGUUGGAGAACGCGAAACUUGCGUGUGUUUCACCGGAGAAAUUCCCCACACCUCAGUAUCCACAUAAAGAGCAUCUUCCUGGGCAGCUGGACCAGAUUGUUCGGGAGAACAACAAUCUGACUGAGAAGAACGGAGUGAAAGCGCACAGCAAAACGAAUAACUGCUCAACUGACGGGAAACCCAAGAACUUCACGUGUGAAGUUUGUGGAAAGGUCUUCAACGCGCACUAUAACCUGACGCGACACAUGCCGGUACACACAGGAGCAAGGCCGUUCGUGUGUAAAGUAUGCGGGAAAGGUUUCCGGCAGGCCAGCACAUUAUGUAGACAUAAAAUCAUUCACACACAGGAGAAACCUCAUAAAUGUAACCAGUGUGGAAAAGCUUUCAACAGAAGCUCGACUUUAAACACACAUAUCCGAAUUCACGCCGGCUACAAACCAUUCGUCUGCGAAUUUUGUGGCAAGGGCUUUCAUCAAAAAGGGAAUUACAAGAAUCACAAACUGACCCACAGUGGCGAAAAACAGUACAAGUGUUCAAUCUGUAGCAAAGCCUUCCAUCAGAUCUAUAACCUCACGUUUCACAUGCACACGCACAACGACAAGAAGCCCUUCACUUGCGGGACCUGCGGGAAAGGCUUCUGCAGGAACUUUGACUUGAAAAAGCACAUACGGAAAUUGCACGAUAACACCAGUUGUUUAUCCGGCGGAAAUGAUUCUUCCAGAGGACACCAAAACUGAGACGCGAGCAGUUUUUGACUGAACUUGGACAAUUGAUGAAGCGCAUUUUUUUUUUUUUUUUUUUGUGGUGCUUUAACAUCUUCCACCAACAUGAACGAAGAAGAACGGGACGGGAGAAAAUCAUCACAUCAUCGAGGAAUUGUACAUAAAACAGAAUAAAAUAUUAUUUAACGAAACCACUGCCAUACGGGGCUGUCAAGCAAUUAUUUGUAGACUAGAUGAAAUAAAAGCGUUUUAUAAAUAAAUGCAACCUAUGUGUAAAAAGAAAUGUUUGAUAAAUUUGUAAAUUUGUUGACAAUUGUUGACGCAGUAAAGCAAAUGCUAAAAAUAAAAUCCUAAAUACAUUAAUGUCGGCUUUAUUUUUAUAUAGAAAAAUUACCUGAAUUUACCAUCUAUUUGUUUAACAUGAAUCUUAAUUGCUUCAUUUUGGGGGUUUCUCAUAUUUUUAUGAUUUAGGAUCAGCACAUUUUAUUUUAAGGUCAUCUGAAAAUGUAGGCUUAAUUCAGACUUGAGUUGUGCUAGCCUAUUUUAAAAGAAUUAGCUACAGGCUAAAAACAGUGACUAAAUAUUUACUUUUACAUAAAAUGCGUCUUUAUAAAUAAAAUAUAAACUGCCAGUUUUUUUAAAUAGACUAUAUUAGCCACUGUCUGGUAAAUUAAUUGUAUAAUUUGUGUCGUUUUAAUAA